CCUCCCAAAAACGAACUUCUGUGGAAACGAAACUGAUCUGAGUCUCUGUGUCGUCUGUCUGUGUGAGAGUGAACAACCGUCCAAAUGGCUCAGCAGGGAGUUCUGCUGGACCAGGACCAGUUCUGUUGUUCUGUCUGUCUGGAUCUACUGAAGGAGCCGGUCACUACUGCCUGUGGACACAAUUACUGUAGAAUCUGUAUUGAGGGCUGCUGGGAUCAGGAUGUUCUGAAAGGGGUCUAUAGCUGUCCUCAGUGCAGAGAGACCUUCACUCCAAGGCCUAAUCUGAGGAAAAAUAACAUGUUGGCUGAGAUGGUGGAGAAACUGAGGAAGACAGGACUCCAGGCUGCUCCUCCUCCUGCUCUGUGCUAUGCUGGACCUGGAAAUGUGGCGUGUGAUUUCUGCACUGGGACCAGAAAGCAGAAAGCCCUCAUGUCCUGUCUGGCAUGUCUGGCCUCUUACUGUGAGACUCACCUCCAACCUCACUAUGAUUUUCCUGCUUUGAAGAAGCACAAGCUGGUCAAAGCCACCACACAACUACAGGAGAAGAUCUGCUCUCAUCAUGACAAACUGCUGGAGGUUUACUGUCGUACUGAUCAGCAGUGUAUCUGUUAUCAGUGUACAAUGGAUGAACAUAAAGGCCAUGAUACAGUGUCAGCUGCAGCAGAGAGGACUGAGAAACACAGGCAGCUGGGGAUGAGUCAGCAGAAGGUCCAGCAGAGAUUCCAGGAGAGAGAGAAGGAGCUGAAGGAGCUCCAACAGGCUGUGGAGUCUUUCAAG